UCUUUUUGUCAUCAGAGGAUCUCCUUUGAGAGAGAUUACCAAAGCAUCUCCUCUGUGAGAGAGAGAGAGAGAGAGAGAGAGAGAGAGAAUGGCCACAUUAACAGUCCCUGACUCUCUUCCAUCUCCGAUCGAAGAUGCUGAGAGUCUAAGGAAUGCUUUCAAAGGGUGGGGAACAAAUGAGAAGGCAGUAAUUACAGUACUAGCACAUAGAAAUGCAACUCAAAGGAAGCUGAUCAGGCUAGCUUAUGAAGAGCUUUAUGAAGAGGAUCUCAUCAAACGACUCGAAUCCGAGCUUUCUGGUGACCUUGAGAAAGCAGUGUACAGAUGGAUGUUUGAAUCAGCUGAGAGAGAUGCCAUCUUAGCUAAUGUGGCAGUGAAGAAUGGGACUAUUGACAAUCGGGUGAUCAUAGAAAUAGCCUCUAUUAGAUCUCCUGAUGAGCUUUUGGAAGUGAAGAAAGCUUACCACGCACGUUUCAAGCGAUCCCUAGAAGAAGAUGUUGCCUCGCACACAACAGGUGACUUCCGUAAGCUUUUGCUUUCACUAGUGGGCACUUACAGGUAUGAUGGUGAUGAGAUUAAUGGAAGGCUAGCACUAUCAGAAGCCAAGAUUCUCCAUGAUGCCAUUGAAGAAAAGAACUUCAGCCAUGAAGACAUCAUUAGAAUCUUAACUACAAGAAGUAAGGCGCAGCUCAAUGCAACCUUCAACUGUUACAAAGACGAGUAUGACACUGCCAUCACCAAGGGUCUGGCUGGUGAUUCCGAUGAAUUCGUGUCAGCGCUGCGAGUGAUAAUCAAAUCCAUUUGCUCCCCUCAUAAAUACUUUGAAAAGGUGCUGCGCAAUGCAAUAAAUAAGCAGGGGACAGAUGAAGAUGCAAUCACGCGCGUGAUCGUAACACGUGCUGAGAAGGACUUGAAUGAGAUCAAGGAAGCGUAUUACAAGAGAAACAACGUCACUCUUAAUCGUGCAAUAGCCAAGGACACUUCUGGGGACUACGAGGCCUUCCUCCUCGCUUUGCUUGGAGACUAAGGCUGCAUUUGGAAGUUCAAACGAAUUGAAAUGCAAUCCUUUCAAUUCAAUAGAGUUCACGUGACAAAAUUCCGACAUGCCCCCAUAUUGCAACUACUAUCUUUUCAAGUCCAACUUGGAAUGCAUUGAAUGUGCAAUUUGGUGUUUGGUUGUCAUUAUGAAUUUAAAUGGUCAUGUCCUCUAUAAUGAAUUCCAUGAGUUGCAGUUCAAUUCAAUUGAUCAUCUGAAUGCACCAUAGCUAUAGCUCUCAUCUUACUUAUCGAAAAGUUUUCCUACUUAGUUUGUGUUCUCUUGUCUACUGUCGAUUACAGGACCAUCGUAUCAUCUAUGAUUAUGAUUCUGUGGAAUUCGGUGUGCGCUUUUUUCUAGUGUUUGGAAUUGAAUCCUUGAGUUAAUCAUGGUUAGAUCAUUAUGAGUAUUAUUGUUGCCUA